CCUAUGCUCCCAAGUCCUUGUCUUACUGCAAAAACACCUCCUCAUAUAUAUUCCCCUAAUUUUAAGUGAAAUACAGAGAGUGAGAGAGAACCAACACCAUAAGAGAGUUACAGAGCAACCAAAUGCCAUAAGUGAGGGAGAGAUUCUCCUGAAAAUGGAGAAAUCGGGUGAAAAAGGGCUAGCCAUAUCGGAGUGGUCUAACCAAAAUUGCCAAAUCACAGUCGACCCCUGGUUCGAUGACUCCUCCAUUCUCGACAUCGACUACUUCGUCAAGACAAUCGCCACCGUCAAAUCCAAGGAUGUGCGGCCCGAUCUCGUCGGCUCCAUCAUCACGCACUACGCCUCCAAAUGGCUCCCCGAGCUUUCCGGCGAGAAACUCGCAGGAAAGAACACUGGAAAAUCAGAGAACUUCGGCUCCUCCCAAAUUAAGAAGAGAUUUUUUGUGGAAACUUUGGCUUCAAUUUUGCCUCAAGAAAAGGACUCUGUUCCCUGCGGCUUUGUUUUCCGGCUCCUCCGUACCGCAAUGGCAGUCGGCGCCGAGCCCAGCUGCAGAGUGGAGCUCGAGCAACGAGCCGGCUCGCUCCUCGAGCAUGCCACUCUACACGACUUGAUGAUUCCUGCGUUCUCUCAUACCAGUCGUACUCUUCUUGAUUUACAGGUGGUUCUUAGGGUUUUGACAAAGUUUUUGUCCUCGGAAGAGGGCGGCGCCACCAUCGUGAAAGUGGCGAAAUUGAUCGACUGCUACUUGGCGGAGGCGGCGCUCGACGGAAACCUAACGGUGAUGGAGUUCGAGGGGCUCGCCGCAGCGCUCCCAUCGCAUGCCAGGGCGUGUGAAGAUGGGCUAUACAGAGCCAUAGACACUUACCUCAAAGCGCACCCCGGUCUCUCGAAGCAAGACAGGAAGCGACUUUGCUGUCUUCUCGACGGCCGAAAGCUCUCUCAGGAGGCCUGUAUCCAUGCUGCCCACAAUGACCGCGUCCCCGUGCGCACUGUCAUCCACGUCCUCCUCUCCGACCGCACAAAGCUCCACCACCAUCCCCCUUGCAAUGCAGACUCUGGCACUGCCUCCUUCCGAAACCGACGUAGCCCUCCAUCUGCUUCCGCAGCUGUUUCUCUCGAAAGCCCUGCCAUAUGCCAAUCCAGAAGAGAGAUAGUGCCUCCAGUUCCUCAUACAGAGAUCAGACGCUUGCGAGAGGAUUUACUAAAGCUUCAGGUGAUUUGUCAGUCACUACAGUUGCAGGUCGAUAAGCUCGUGAGACGGAGGGCAGUGUUUCCCUGGAAGAAGCUGGGAAGGAUAGCAGCGGUGCCAUUCUUGCGACAGGGUGGUGGCGGUGGAAUAGGGGAGGAUGUGUGUAGCGCUGUUGGAGGGGGGGAGGGGGAAGGUUGCGGAUUCCCGGCUUCGGUGCCGCUUCGUACGCCACAGUAUGGGAAGAGCCCAGGAGGGGCCAAGAAGGGAAGGUCUGCUAGGUGGAGGAAUUCUGUCUCUUGACGCCACCACCACCACCACAUGGUGUACCCAAAUUUGAUUACUUUUGUUUGUUGAUACAAUUUAAACUUUUUCAAUCGUAAAUUUUGUGCGUUAUUCAUUCA